CAAACACAACAGGCUUUACAAGCGUUAAAAACAUCUUCCCGUUUGGAUUCAGCCCGUUUACACUUGACAAAGAAGAUUUGUUUAAUUUUCCUGCAACAUGGAGAUGGGAGUGAAGAGGCUUCACAGAAACCUGCUACAGGCUCUGUGGUUGUGGAGUCUGUUGACUGUUCAUGUGCUCAGCUGUCCAGAUUCCUGCAGGAAGUGUUCAGGGCAAGAAACGCACCAGUGUGAAGAAUGCAGAACUGGCUGGACACUCCAUAAUAAAACAUGUGUAGACAUUGAUGAGUGUGGCACAGAGCUGGAUAACUGUUUACCAAACAGUUACUGCUUUAACACAGAGGGAUCCUUUGAAUGCAGAGGUUGUGAUGUGGCCUGUGUGGGGUGUAUGGGUGGUGGACCGGCUCGCUGCCGGAAAUGUGCUCCUGGAUAUAGACUGACAGGAUCCAAGUGCUUGGACGUAGAUGAAUGCAGUGACCGGGUCCUUGCCUGCCGUGGCCUGGAUGAGAUCUGUAUCAACACAGAGGGCUCCUUCCGUUGUGAAUGUGCUCAAGGCUUCAACCGCAAAGACAGCGUUUGCGAGAGGAAGCAGAUUCCUUGUGUUCAGGAGAAGGGUCUGUUUGAGGAUAUCCAGGAUGAUGAGGUGGAGGUGCUGCAAAAGAUGUUCUUUGGGGUGGUGCUGUGUGCUCUGGGCACACUUGCAGCAAAAGGAGAUUUGGUUUACACAUCUGUAUUCAUGGGAGCAGCUGCAGCUAUGGCGGGUUACUGGCUUUCUGAUAGAGGGGACCGUUUGAUAGACGGCUUUCUAAAGGGCCGUUAAAACUGCUAGUAGUUAGAAAAACAGGACAUGUCCCAAAACAGAUGGGCAAAUGUGUGUGACACUGCUUAGCAAGGAAUCUGAAGCAACACAGUAUUAUAUUUUGAGUUAAGUUAGAGGGUGCAGAGUAGGGCUCUUAAUCGUUAGGUAUAACAUGACUUGAUUAAAUUUGGAUCAAAAUCAAAUUAUUCUCAGUUCACAACAAAAGAUGAAUGCAAAAAAGCAGACGCACAUUUGAAAGAGUAAAGUGUAUGUAUAGUUAUUAUAUCUAAGGCAAUUUAUAAUACAGGACUAAAAGGUUUAUAAAUAUUAGUUUAUUACUAAAAUAAGUACUAAAGAUUAAUUAAAUUAAACAGGCUAUCCAUCUGUAGUUACACAGGAUUUUAAAUAACUUGUGAUAAAGGAAUGUGAUGUCAUCCUGAAGUGACAUUUUAUUAAAGUUUUUACAUAAGCUGACUGAAAUGUAUGGCAGUAUAUAAACAUGUACCAUAUACAGUACCAGUCAAAUGUUUGAAAACACUUCUCCAUUAAAUCCAAUAGUAAAGUGUGUCCAAACCUGGUAGUGUGCGUCCCAAAACUGUGUGUGAGACAAUUACCUUACGUGCUACAUCAUCUGUGGGAACUGUGGCUUGAAUGUACAUUUGUGUUUGCUUAGCAAUGGAUGUCAGUACCUUAAGUAAAGGUUUCCGUAACUUUUACCUUUGUUAAACCUUGCAGCACUUGCAUAAGUCUUGAGAAUAAAUGGAUGUUUUUUUUUGCCUGUUUACUA